ACUAUUGGAAUAUGUUUGUUUCACAGUUGCCUGUCUCUGGAACUUAAUGGGUCCCGCUAUUGUGAAUGGAACUACAACGGCCUUGGUCUCGACUAUCAAAUCCUAGCAGGACCGAGUUUCAUCGCCGUGUUCACGAUUGUUGGCGUUGCUCUAGGUAUCGCGGCUGACAAGUAUAACAGAGUGAAACUAUUAACUGUAUGCACGCUGAUAUUCAGCAUCGCCAUAGUUUUAAUGGGAGCAGUUGGAGAGUAUUGGCAGCUAGUCAUUCUGCGUAUGAUUCUAGCAGCAGGGGAAGCAGGAUGCAAUCCCUUGGCUACGGGUUUGCUCUCCGACUGGUUCCCAGAGAAACAACGGGGACUCGUCAUGUCGAUUUUCAAUUGGGGCAUUUACGGUGGUUACGGCAUUGCCUUCCCCGUGGGUCGUUACAUUCCAGGAUUAAACAUUGGAAAUCUGGGAUGGAGAGCAUGCUACUACGGAGCUGGUAUAAUCGGGCUGAUUAUGGCCGCUCUCACUUUCACCCUUUCCGAACCGGAGAGAAAGACAAUCGGCGAGGAAGGGGCGAGUACUAGUGGAAAAAAAACAGGCAUUUGGAAAGUAAUCCUACAACCGAGGGUUAUACUGUUAUGCAUAGCUGCCAGCAUCAGACAUUGCGGUGGAAUGUGUUUCGCGUACAACUGCGAUCUCUAUUACAGAGAUUACUUCCCCGAUUAUGACCUAGGCUGGUGGCUUUUCGCGGUGACUAUAGUGAUCGGUAGCAUCGGCGUUGUGGUCGGCGGUGUAAUUAGCGACAAAUUCGUGGCGAAAAUGGGCAUUAGGUCGCGUGUGGCUGUUCUAGCUAUCAGCCAAAUCAUCGCCACGCCGUUUGCAUUUAGCUCGGUGUACUUUAAUCCCUUAUGGGCUAUGAUUACCCUUGGAAUUUCGUAUUUCUUUGCCGAAAUGUGGUUUGGAAUUGUCUUCGCAGUGGUCGUGGAAAUAGUUCCCCUGCAUUUCAGAUCAACCACUAUCGGCGCUUUCUUGUUCGUGAUGAACAACAUCGGUGGAAAUCUACCAAUAUUGGUCGAACCAACCAGAAGGGCCAUUGGAUUCCGAGAAUCUCUUUAUAUUUUUUACGCCGGUUUCUACGGCCUUAGUUCUAUUCUCUUCUUUUCGACCAUGUUCUUCAUGGACGGAGCUGUUAAAGAACAACCAAAACCGGAAAUUAGCAAAAUACCAGAAUCCGGAUACGAUAACAGCACAUUCACUAACGACGAAGGACGAGUAUCAACAUUGGAACUUCCUCGAUUAUAUCCUCCACCACCACCACAUCGUUUUGAAAAUUCUAGGUUAUAAACGAUUAUAACUUUCAGAGAUUCUUUGUAAAUAGUAUCAGGAUCGAAGUUAGAUAUAUCCAUUGUAAUAAGUCGCAUCGAGUAGAUUACAAAAAUAGUAAAUCGACGAAUCGAUGUUUUGUAUAUUUUUUAAUUCUUGAAACAAGUAUUUGUUACGAUUAACAAAUAUGUGAAAAUUAGUUAUUAAAUAUCUUUAAAAAUGAUAA